GCAUGCAACUCUAUUCUAGUAGACUAAAUACCAAUCAGCUCCAUGCAAAUUUCCUCCCAAGUCUACCUAUAGUGUCUUCUGUUUUCUAUUUCAUCGUUAUCGGAAAAGAAUGGAAUUGGGUCUUUCUUGGGAAAAGUACUUGUGUUCAAUUAUUAUGGUGGUGUUGAUAAUAAUGGGUAAUGUUAGGACAAUCAGUAGCGUCGGUCCACAAGGUGGGUGGAUCUGCCGGAUGGACCAUUCUCGGCAAAGUCGACUACAAUAAAUGGACUUCCUCCGAUACUUUCACCACCGGCGAUUCUCUAUUAUUUUUGUACAACCGCCAGUUUCACAACGUGAAGCAAGUGAGCCGCCGUGAUUUCCUCUCGUGUAACGCCACGUCAGCAAUGGCCACCUACACUUCUGGCUCCGACACGGUGGCUCUUACAAAACCCGGCCACUUGUACUUUCUCUGUGGCUUCCCUGGCCAUUGCCAAGCCGAGCAGAAGCUCCAUGUCCUCGUUGCUGCCGCCAUAGUCAGUCCCACCCUCAGCCCAGCUUUUGCCCCUGUUCCGUCACCUUCCACCGGGUCGUCUUCGUCUCCCUCUCCAGCCACGGCUUCCAAAGAUACCGCUCAAAAUGAUGCCGUUUUGUUGUCAAUGUCAGCGGUUUUGACUUCAACAUUGAGUAGUGUUGUCGUGUUUUUGGUAGCAUUGGUCUAUUGUUGAUUGAGAGAUUUUUCACGUUUUGUUUUUGUUAUGUUUCCCUAAUUUUCAGCUUUGUGUGUGGUUUACUUUUACUUUUCUACCUAGCCACUUCCUAUUGUUAUUUCUUUUUGAAAAUUUUAUAAUGAUUAAAGUAUUCGGUAUGAUUAUGGUCUUAUGUUGUCGGUAGAUAUGCAACGGUCGCGUGGUUUCUUCAUAUAAGAAAAUAUUAUCCAGUGUUGUUUUUACUAUUUGUGUCAUUAUUGUUUGUAGGUGGAGAGAAUAGUGAUGUAC